AUGGGAAGAGGCGUACAAGCUACUUUAGCUGCAGCAGCUAGUGCUGGUGCCAUCUACUUCAUCGAUGAGAACUACUGUUAUUGUGUGGGCCGACGGACCUUCCGUGCUGCCAAGUGUGGUGCAUUCAUAUGGUGGCAAUACAAGAAAGUGUGGAAUGCUGAUAAUGCAUCGGAAGUACACAGACGUGUGGCAGAGGAGAUCGUGGCAACUUGCAAGAGAAAUGAAGGCCUGUACGUAAAGAUAGGACAGGUCCUCUGUUCAAUGGAAGUGGCCCUACCCAGGGAGAUGCACAAACCUUUCGAGGAACUACACGACAAAGCAUUGGAAAUGGAACAGAGUGAGGUACUUCGCCUUCUACAUGAGUCCGGAGUUGAUGAUGUUAUCCGAGACUUCGAACUGGAGCCUGUCGCCAGUGCAUCGAUAGCUCAGGUUCAUAAAGCACGGCUCAAGGCUUCGCCUUAUACCAGUGUAGCUGUGAAGCUCCGUAAACCUAGCGUGACUUUCCAGGUUGCCUGGGACCUCAGAGCCUAUUGGCUCAUUCUGUGGGCGUUGGAGAAGUCCUUCGACAUUCCUAUGUUGUGGACUUACGAUUUUACGAGGGACCAGUUUCGGCAGGAGAUGGACCUUCGAAACGAGGCUGCCAACUCCGAUCGAGCAAAGGCGGACUUUGAGAACUCCGAGCUGAACGAGGUUGUUUAUGUACCCGAGGUUUUCUGGGCGAGCGAAGAUGUGAUAGUGGCGGAGUGGAUCGACGAGGCGGUGAAGGUGACGGACGCGGCAGUGCUGGGCGUUGAUUUGGGAAAGACUGUGAGGAACUGCACGGAGAUGUUUGCACAUCAGAUCUUCAAUACGGGGCAUGUCCACUGUGACCCUCAUCCAGGCAAUCUGCUGGUCCGGCGGCAUCCUAGCAGGAGGAAAGGGCUCUUUGGAAGAUAUCAUCCUCACCAAAUAGUUCUUAUCGAUCACGGUCUCUGCACCGACUUCCCUGAGGAACUCAGGAAGGAGUACACGCGGUUCUGGUGUGCCAUUGCUCAUGGAGAUCGGCAAAAGUUGAAGUCCAUAUGCGAGUCUUGGGGUGUGAAGGAUUUCGACAUGCUGGCUUCAGUGAUGAUGAUGAGUCGUUUGAGAAAUCUCGAGGGAUGGCGGGACUCCGAAGCGGCCGAGCAACUGAGGCAAGCGGAGUGGUCUGGACUUAGUCGCUUUGAGAAGGAACAGCGUAUUAAAGAGAAAUGGCAAAGGCUGGUCGAAGACACGAAGUCGUUCCCCCGAGAGCUCCUCUUUGUAUCACGUUGUGUGAACUACAUUAGAGCCACUAACUACCGGCAUGGAUCCCCUGUAGAUAGGGUAGCAGUGAUGAUGGAAUAUGCAUUGAGAAAUGAUGAGGAAAGACGGUAUUGGAAGGCCCCAUUUGGGCCCAUUGUCACUUCCAAUAUGCCCAUCGUGAAUGGUGAGUGCCCCAUCGAUGAAGGGGACGUGGUUACUCAUGAUCAACUUAGUGAUCAAGUGAGCGCAUUGUCUGUUGAUAAAGCGAGUGAUGGACAAGGACACGUUACUGUGGAGCAGGGGAAGGAGGUAGUCACACCUGCUGCUGAUCCCGGCCAUAAGACAAUAAGCUUGGAAGCAGCUCUUCCUCCCGCUGUAUCACUCGGUGGUACCACCGUCUCUACUAGUGCUACCUCAUCAUCUGGCGCGACGGCUAGUGAUGGCUGCAAGUUAUUCGUAGGAGCCCUUCCUUACUUUAUGACUGAGCAAGAGCUCUACCCUUUAUUUGCCAAAUUUGGCAUUGUCAAGGAGCUCUCGGUCCAACGUGACAAGCUAGGUCGGUCUAGAGGGUGUGCGUGGCUCCGAUACUCUAGCGUUACUGAGUGCGAGGCCUGUAUAAGGGGCCUUCACAACCAUUACUGGCUGGGGUCGAUGAAAAGACCGUUGCAGGUUCAGUUCGCUUCGCCGACCCAUAAUUCUCCCGUUGCUGUCGCUUGUGAUGGGCCACAGGAGCAGAAACAGAAUAGUCAUCAUACGGAUGGCAAGGACGAUGAGCUUGGAAUACCUCCUAAGAAGAGGGUGUUCGUCGGAGGUCUUCCUAAGGAUAUUGAUGAGCAUGACCUGUUGUCUAUGAUAGAGCCUGUACAAGGGGACGUAGUCUGUGAUGUGAAGGUGGUGAGGAAGAAUGGUAAUUCUGAUGGAGCCGCCUUCGUCGAGUUCAUCACUCCUGAGCAAGCCGUAAUAGAGCUCGGCCUCGCUAGCCCUGCUGAUCUGUGUUAUUACAGCAAGAGUUUAUGA